UGGCUAUAAAUGAUAAGAGUAUCAGAGGUAGUCAAUUGCAUCGUAGGGACUCCUAUUUGUGGCACAUCGAUGAAAUGCGUUUGUGUUAAUCAAGACGAGGUUUCAGAAACCGUAGAGACUACACGCAUGGGUAUGUCAUCCCAGCUAUGAUCUCCAAUCAGUACUAGUACGUCACGAGAAUUGGACGACCGCACGAUGUCACAAAUGAUGCCCUGUAGUUGGUGUUUCUCCGCAAGGUUCGGCAUGAUUCCAUAUCGUCCGGAUGGAACGACGAACAUUGUAAUCGAGAUCGAUAUUAACGUAAAUUUCAUCUUCAUUCAUCUUCAUUUAUUCAAUCGUUCAAUCAAGCUCGUGCAAUCUUGUUAUUUAACUUCGGUAUUGAACUUGACUCGGAUUCGUGGGCACAUAUUGAACUUGAUCCCAUCGCUACUGACGGAACGGGAGUGUAAGGAGAGCCAGGGUGAGCCAGGAGAGGCAGGAGAGCCGGGAGAAACGGGAAUCGGAGGGGCGGGUGGUUCGCUCAGUGGGAGAGACAGGAGACCCGGGCAGUGCAAGCCGGGCAGCCUGCCCGACGAUAUCGUCAUUGUGGAUUCUAUUCUUUUUGUUUGAUCGUUCUCCGACCAAGGCAGCCGCGAGUUUUUCCUACGGGCGUCCUUUUACCGCAGGCAUGCGCGUCGUCUGUUUUUCCAGUCGCGGAGAAACGCGUACGGUCACACUUUGUCCUUAAGACACGCACGGUCACGCAGCGCGCGAACAUAUGUGCGCGAGACGAUAGAGAGCGGAAAACACGCUGGUUACAUCGCUGCAUAAGCGGCCACGUACGUUGAUAGAGAUCGGAGCACGUGUGUUCAACCCGGAGGGGCGACUUGAAAGCGACAGAGCGCGGCCGAAAGAACGCACGCACUUCCCCGCACGGGGAGCUUCCGCAGCUUUCCAAGUAACAGGUGAUUUCUGCGUGCAGUUGUCCAACGAACAAUUUCGGAUGCUACGCAGACAGGAACAAUCCGAUGUUCAUGGGAAUGCGUUUCUGGCAGAAGGCUGAGCCAACUGGCUCCGCGUUGUAUCGAUUCGUUUUCGAACAUCCUAGUUUUCGGCGCAUUGAGAAGAUUGUCGCGAUCUUAUUGUGAAGCGGGGACGAACACAGCCGACAUCUGCCCUGAGAACGACUUUAUGCCGGUAACCACGGUCGGAAAACAAAACUCCAAGGAAGGCGCAACAGGGAGCUAAGAGUAUUUUCUCCGAAAGCUGUGUGGCACUCAACUUCCAAGAUGUUGCCUAUGGCAACAUCCUUAGUAAAAAAGUUCAGUUCGGCAACCGCAUCGGACGAAGGCGGCACCGCCUUCAGCAGAUGGAGGCAGUUGGGAAGCGACGUGAUACGAGAUGUUACCAAUUUUGGCCCUGCGAGGGUCACUCCACAAGAAGAAACGCAACCCAAGGAAGAAACCACAACAGAAGCAAUGAAAACGAAGUCGAAAACUGGAGACGAUUGCAGAGUUUGCCGGAAGUCCAUCGCACCUGAGGAAGCUUCGAGAAUUUGCUGCGAGUGUCAACACAAAGUUUGCGAGGACUGCGCUUGCUAUUCGACGACAACCAAUUCGGAUGAUCCGUCGUCCUGGCGAUGCAGCGUAUGUCGUAGAAAACUUGCGUCUCGGGACCAGCCAAUUGUGACACAGGAAUCGACGGAUUCUUUGCUGGAGGUGCCGGUCCUGGAGGCUCUUCAGAGAAGACACAGCGAGGCGAGACUCGUCUGUCAAACUGGAAGUCAGAUUGGAGGACUUGGUACCGGAUUGGCACCGCCGAGAAGUCCAGAACUGAGAAGGCAUUCAGCUGGGUCGCCUGCCAGUUUGAAAGAACUCGAAAAGUUUCGAAAGGUUGCAGGGGAACGCCGCGAAGACCUCAGGUGGGAAAGGGAUUUGGAUCGCAAGAGCAAGUCUAGGGCAACGUCACCGGAUCGCCAUCAGGUCGAUAGGGGAAGAGGUACCAGUCCCCAGAGGGUUGGCGUCGAACCUUCUUCCAUCGUAGAUCCCAUCGAAGUGGACGAGGAAGAGGAACGUCGUAGCCGAGCUCGCCGAGCCAGUACUGUUCGCGUUAAAUCUCGCAUGACUAGGCAAAGGUCGUACGACGACGAGAUGAAGAACAUGAUCGCGAUGUCCGGGGUUGCCGGACACCACGAGCAUCAGGAGCCUUGCCUGAGGCCUCCGACGAAUCUGCCGCGACGAGCAUCAGCUUAUGACUUUUAUGCAACCUCAAGUGUCAUCGCGGCUGCCCAGCAGAGAGCAUCGAUCUCGGCCCAAGGCAACAGGAAACCAGAGGAAAGACCGACCAGUCGGAGAUCAUCGUUCCGUGCAACAAAGCCAGUGAUGCCGUACGAAGUCGGAGCCGAAGAUGAAUCCUUGAUGAAUCUGGAACCGACGCCUGUACCGGUGACCGUGGCUCAACCACCAGUUUUGGCUCCUGAAGAGGAACGACGCACCAGACGAAGAGGCUCUCAGUUACCGGAUAUAAACACCAUAAAGGCGUUGACAUCCGCAGUUCCAGGAGCAGCAAAGGUAGCUCCAUCGGUCGUAAACAGAGUUGCAGCCGAAGAUCGCGAACUGGCACGACAGGGAAGUCUCGUGGAUGGAGAGAGCAUCAAAAUCGUUAUUCACCACGCAGACAAUGAUAUGUCGCCGUGGGUUAACGCAAAAAGGAGGAUAAAGCUGAGAAGAGAUCCAGCUUUAGACAAAGGACACAGGAUGGCUGGUUUUGGUCUAAGAGUGGUAGGUGGUAAAACAGGGGCUGAUGGCCAUACUUUUGCAUACGUGAUGUGGACGGUGCCAGAUGGACCAGCAGCAAAAGCUGGUAUACUGCGGAACGACAAGGUGUUAGAAUGGGGCGGAGUGUCAUUGGUGGAUCGAAGCUACGAGGAAGUCGUCCAGAUAACCGACCGCGGCGACGACGUAGUCGAGCUGGUGGUGGAGCACGUUUCCGAUACCGUGGACAUGCCCGAUGAUCUAGGUACGGUACCGACGACGGGAAAAGUGCCAGGAAAUAUGGGCCUGCUGAUGGAAGCGGAAACGGAUAAAACGCCCUCAUCACCGACGCGCAGGAAACUGCCAAAGACGCCGGAGCAAAUCGCGAAAGAGAAGCAAGUGUCCGGCCGAGUGCAGAUUCAAGUUUCGUACGAAGCUGAUCGCAAAGAACUGAUCGUCACCGUUUUCAUGGCUGACGAUUUGUGCCCAAGAGAAGACACGGGCUACGGAACGCUACCACAAGCGUAUGCCAGGCUUGUUCUUCUUCCAGUCUGCGAUGACCAAAGUACUUUGAAAACUGCGAUUGCCGAGCCGAGUCAAAAGCCGAUUUGGAACGCGACGUUACUCUUUUCCCGUGUUGAUGGAGAAAGCUUAAUGAAGCGAGCGAUUGAGGUGACUCUCUGGGAUUUCUGUCCCGACUCUGCGAAAGUUUUUCUCGGCGAAUGCAACGUUAAUUUGCAGCGUGCUCUUGAAAACGACAGGGCGGUUUGGUAUCGUUUGGAGGAUCUACGCGGACUUCGCUUAGGUAAAUCACCGUACUGCUCUCCCCGUGGUUCCUUUUCAACCGAGAUAGCACAGAGGCUAUUGCGGAAAACGGAAUUGCCCGAAAGAAGUUACAGCGACGAUACACAAAGCGACAGCGGAAGCCCCGAGCUCGGCUUCCUGCACCCAGAUCACGCCUGGCAUGCAAAUUCGAGAAGAGGCUCCAGCCAAUCCGAGCAACUGGAAGUCGAACCCUAUGAACUUAACAGAGAUUACAGUAGAUCCCUGCCUGGCAGUCGAAGGAGCAGCUUCCAAAGUCAAGGUGGCACCGACAGCAAACGUGGAAGCAUGGGCGAAGCAGACAUGUCGGUCAUGAUGCAUCACAACCGUGACCGUCGACGAAGCUCGUUCACCAGGCCAAUGAGGGACCAUGGAGACAUUCUGGAAGAUCUACGAUUGUUCAAAGCGGCGAAGAGGGAACUCAACAGGACGAUGAGUCUCACCGGAGACAAAAGACGCGAAACCCGGCAGGGUGAGCGCAAAGACAGCGUCAUGAAUAUUCCGGAGAGGUUUUAUGAUCGCAACAUUGAAUCGGACGAGGAAGAGAAAUGGGGUCAGCCAGCGAGAAACGAAAAUGGUGUUGACCCGAAGUUUGGUCGGGGACAAGUGCCACCAAAAGGAUUCAAAAUGAUCACUGGAACUCCAAAUGGCGAGGUGAAAUUGGGUUUCUGCCUAAGCAAAGGUACACUCGAGGUCGAAGUUAUCUGUGCCAGAGACAUUUGUCCAGGUGAAAAAGAAGAACCAGAUACAUACGUGAAAACGUAUCUCCGAGACGGCGACAGAUGGCUGCAGAAGCGAAAAACUCGCGUGAUACGUCACUCGAAAAAACCGCAAUACCGGCAGACCAUUAAAUACAACAGCUGCGACGCUCUCGGAAGAAAUCUGCUCGUGAUGCUGUGGGAGAAGAAGCAGACCUUCGAGAGUAAUCAGGGCUUAGGCGGAGCCGAAGUGAGCCUCGACCAACUUCCAUUGACACGACUGACCGUCGAUUGGUAUCCGUUGUUCCCGAUUCAUACACUCGGCACCCACACCGCGGACUCUCCAUGAUGGCUCAGGGAAAAAUGGGCCCUCGAAGCUGGCGAACUCGACCUCAGGCUGAGCCUUCUGCUCAAGAACGAGGACGAGUCCGUUGUUAAAAUCAUCUCCUGAUGGAACCGAUUAACGUUCCUUCCAGACACCUUCGUUCGUUCUACUCUCCCGCCUUACUCUCGUUUACUUUACUACUUCCAAUCAACGCAAGCUGUCAUACAAAAUUGAAAGCAUUCUAAUAAUCGGUUCGGUGCAGAGAACCUUGUCGCGUUGGCACAGCAGGAUCUCUGUCGUCAGAUGUGCUAUAACCACUAAACGAGAAGGGAUCGUAACCGUUGCCUAAACCUAGAGGACUAGUAUAUUACUAAUGCGAAGUUAGAGUCACUGAAAGUAACCGCGUAGAAAGAGCAAAUUAAUCUACGCAGAAUGGACUGCAAAUAAUCCAGACAAUAGGUGAAAAUAUAAAUGCUUCGUUGAAUGACAAAUAUUUCGUAAAUUUCAUUUACAAAUAUUUGUGAAUGAUAUUUUAAAUUAACGGCAGAUACUUUACUAAAAUUGAGGAACAAGAACAUUGGGAAAUGAAACGAUUUGAAGUAAUUUUUAUUCUACGUCCUUCGAUAAAACUCAUGCAUUUUGCAACUGUUGAGUGGAAAUAAAAAUGAUUGACUUACAGGGUACAUUUUCAUUUUGAAUACGAGCCCAUAAAAUGUUACAUUGCAGAGGGAAGGAGUCUGAAAAAAGGUAGAUUGUCUGGUCCGGAUGUUGAUCUUCAACUAAUUAUUAUAUAAUUAACUACUUUGAAGAAACUUCAUGAAGCUCUUAAUUAUGAUAAGAGACGAAACAGUGAUAAAAAUGACCCAAUUGCAUGGGUUACUCUGCAAAUUUAACUUUGUUUGGGUUACGGUUACAGUCCCUGAAACAGGAGAUUCAAGGAAGAAAAAAAGAAUUACCAAAAUAGACUACAUCCAUCAAUUGUACGUCAUGAGCGAUGACGACAGUUUAAGUCGAAUAUUUAUGGGUCCAAACAGCGUUUCCAUAACUGCUGGGUUAUACGCACUAUGAAUUAAUCAAUAAUGAUUAGAGUUUCGACGACGAUUCUCUGUGUCAAAAUAAUUGUCCGCUCGAGGUUCUACAGAAGUAAAAACCCGUAGUAUACCUUAGUGUUCUCUAUGGAUAGGUGUUACACGGAUUUAACUCCUUCUACAUGAUUCACCGUGUUUGUAUAGGACGCGUACACGUGACGCAGUGGUCUUACACUAUGUUAACGAAGACAGAAUAGAGGAAAGUCCUUAAGCUCAGGAGUUUGCGUCGAGCAGCACUGGUGUAGGUGGUGUCCUAUUUUUGAUCUCUUCGCCGCAUCCAGUGUUUGUUCCGAAGCCAGUUACGUAGAGGCAUGCUAAUAAAAUAAAUAUUUGCGGUGGAAGAGUGGAGAAAUAAAUAUGAACGAUAAAGAAAGGCAAAUAUCGAGUUAUUUUAUAGGUUUCUGCACGUCUAUAUAAGCAAACGUUCGAUUCAAUGUAAACAUACAUAAACGCAGAUAAGAUCGAAUCACAGGAUGAUUAUGAAUUUUUUAACGAACUAUACAUUGUUGAGGGACAUCAAAAUUUUACAAAAAUUGGAAAAGUUCACGAACACGAUACCGUGGUGGGAAAAAUGACCGACACCACGCGCGAUGUAAAAAAAAAACAGUAUAUCUGUAUAUUUUUACAGUAUAUGUAAAAUAAUUUCUUUUCUAGAACAUAAAAUAAAAUUAAUACAACAGAGAGUUAAACAACAAAAAGAACGACAUAAACAACCAAUGAAAUAACAUUUAAUUGGAUGCUUUUUAAGACAUAUCGAAGUAUAUUUGUGUCUUAGAAUCUUCUGAUCAGUAAACGAGCGACCUCGAGCAGUCAGAUAAUUUGACAUCGUGUUAGGAUUCUGCUGUGCUUAAAUACCCUUGUUCAUUCGUUGUAUCCUUCAUUUAUCCAUGCCAUAAGCUCGCAAUGACAGAGCGUACCGUAAGACAAUCAAACACACCGACCGCUCCAAUCGAUAAUUUACUCAGCUAUUUACAUUGGAGCGCAUAAUAAAUAGAAGCACAAUGGUUUUACCGGAUUCCUUUUAAUCGCCUCUCGUGGAGAAUAUUAACACUUUGAUUGUCAUCGUCGCACAAUCGAUCAGUUGACCGCGCGCCUACAAACGCCUAUCAGCGUUCGGAGCGCAUAUAUGCGCAACGCAUGGAAAAAUCUUUCAAGCAUAACGCAGGUCUUGCAUUAAAAUCGCCCGCAGUCAAAGGGUUAAUGUAAAUCGAUUCGUCGCGUGUAUUUUUUGAAACAGCACGGUCCAUCUGUAAAAGACGAACUAGGAACAAACCGAUACAUUAGAAUAUAAAAUUCUUUCUAUCGAGUUCUUUCUUUUUCUCCAUGUCUCGGACACGGCGUCCGCGAGAAUCGUUUCAAAAAUGUCCACGAGGGUUCUAGCAAUAAGGGUGUACAUGCGUGAACCUGUUUAACAGUGAACGGCAUACACAAAACGAAGAAAGCAAGUACGACGAAAGCAACAUAAGAGAGAUUCUAUUUUUUUCAUGAAUUAUUAGAAAGCGAAACAGAAGAGGAAGGGAGAACGAAAAAUAAAGCAACGUCCAACCGUGACGAUGAGGGUCCAUUUUUCCCAAUAAAUUAAGGCUCGACGGAGACGAACGAGAGACGAUCGACAUCCGCUACGCCGUAGCGUUCUCUGGUUGAUCCAGUAUGACGAUUCGAUCGAGUCUCGUGCGAAACCCGCGAACCGAUUUGCAUUUGGUGAAGGAACACGAUGCAUGUUCAUCGACGAGUGUGUCGUUAGGUAUUUACUUCGUCGAGGAGACGUCUCGAAACGAAUCGUAGAAUGAAAGUAUCAAAUUAACCAAGUGCCAGGUGAAUGAAAAGUAUACACGAAAAGAAUACAUUUUAUUUACAUUGCUAUUACGAGAGGGAGAAGAGUAAUCGAGGUAAGAAUGUUUAUGUUCAAGUGCCGACACGUUGCCAUUUUCCUAGCGUUAUUGGUAACACAGGAAAUCAUAGACAAUCAUAGAAAAAUCACGAUCUGACUAAACGUGGCACGUGGACCCUUUGGUGACUUCAUUUUACGAAUGUUCUCUUUGAUUCGUAUCGAAAAAGAAUACCAAUGAUAACAACGAAUGAUUCGGUACUUAUAAACCGAAACAGAAAAUUCGAUGGCAGGAAAUAUGAUUCUUCUAGAUUGAAAUAACAAAUGAAAAUAUGAUUAUUCAAAUUUAAAUUCGAAAUUAAACACGUCUAAACAAUGGUAACUAGAAAUCGAGACGACUCCUCUAACGCUUUAAUUAUUUAACGGUAGACAAUCGUUCCGAGGCUCGCUGGUCGAGCCCAACACGAAGAGCAAUCGGUAAGUGGUUACCAGAACAACUUUACGGGCGACAUAAAUGUCGCACGACAACCUCGGUGUUUAGAGUCACGCGAUUUUUGUAGCUCGUAGACUGACAAGAUUGAUUCCUUUGGCACCCGCGAAUUUAUUAUUCGUUGUUUCCGAAAUAAAAUUACCGCGAGAGCCACUGCGUUCAUCGAGGCUAAUGCAGUGGCCAAGAGAAGUAGUCGUACACCGUGAGGUACACUAAGUGACAAUAACUUUGUAUAUAGAAUAUUCUGUUAAUAACGAGAUAUGUCGAAAUUUAAUGGUUAAAUAUAACUUUCAAAUGGUACGUACUACGCAGAGAAGAGAAGUGGAAUAGUGGGUGUGAUUAGCUAUGGUCAAACCUGGACACUUUUGAAAUUAUAUUAUUUGAAAUGUUAUUUCAAGUAUUGUUUCAAGUGAUACGUUAUUUAUUUCACAAAAUAUAUUUUCCAUGCGAUUUGUACAUUCUUCUCCGCGUAAUCAUACUCUACGAAAAUAUCAAAUUCACAUCUACCGUCGACCACGGUAUCGAAGUACGUACCAUUUGAAAGCUACGAUAAUCGAUCAAGUUUCGAUACGUAUCCUAUUACGUAUCAACGUAAUAUCCUCUUUGCAAAUUUAUUGAUAUUUAAUGUAAAGUGCCUCAUGAUGUUUUUAUAUUUUUCCAGCCACCGUACACAAUCUACGGAACAUUUAAGCGUUUAACGAACGAUCUGUAACAAUAUUGCCGUGGCUCUCGGGGUGGUUAAUUUUUAAAGGAACGAUUCGUUCUUUCGCUACAAAACUUACGAGUGCCGUGACUUUCUCUGAAUCAAACUGUUCGUGUCCUCGAAUAAAUCGGUACACAGUUUCGUUGUCAGAGAAUGAAAUCGGUUGGGUAGCGAAGGAGUCGAAACGCGAAUAAAAAUAUGAACGACGAAUUGUACGAAAGUAUUGCGCUUACCCCGCCCGAGAUAGAAGCAGAAGCUCCAAUAUGAUGUCAGACAUUAAUUAUUCGAUAUAUAUAUAUAUAUAUGUAUAUGAAAAUGAGCGCGUGACGAAAUCAUUAAGAUCGCGCGCGUCAUACGGUAACUUUUACGAGAUAAUUCUACUUAAGCGCCUAUUAAUGGUACAUAGAAAUCAAUGAUUUCGCUGACCAAAUCCUUAUAACGUUCGGAUUUAACCUUCAUCGCGACGAAUUUUGUUAGGAACGAAGAGCGUCGCGAAAUUCCACUGAUGAAAAUUCAGUUCGUAAUAAAAUAACGAUAUUAAUUUUAUUCCGAAGAUUUCAACAGAGCAACAGGAAUCUAAGAGACAGAAACAUCUCAAAGGACAGAUAAGCAAAUAGAUUUAACGGUUGCAAUAACAUAACUACAAAGAAAAGAAACAUCCAACUUAAUUCUAAUUUGAGAUGUUUUGCUGACGAAUAAGUUCUCUGGAAAUCAGGUAAAACCUCGUUGAGCAAUAAACGAUAAAUGUAUGGACCAUCGCAAACAAAUGUUUGGACUGUCGGUCGGUCGUACGAUGAAGGUUGAUAUCUGACGAGAUCGCAGCAUUAAAAAUUACUAUUACCUUGGAUGGCGACCUUGUCCCAGCGAUAAUCGCACAAUUGUUCGGAAAGCGUAUUUCCUUAGCGUUAGCGUAGGAUUCUGGCGUAGAAUUCUAAUCAUGCUCGUACUUUGUUUCGACUCGAUCGCUUCCAAAUUCUUCCAAGUACACGGUCCACAAGCGUUGGCCUUUAGCGCGCGAAAUCAAUCUCGUGAUACCGUCGCUUCGAAGGACAGGAGAGCGACGACGGUUCUCGCCUCCUUCGACGACAGACGAGUAGCUGAAACUAUUCUCGCGGUUCUGCGAUAUAAUCUCAAUGGAUAGUACAAGGGUGACGGUGGCCCAUCAACGACGACGAUAACGAAAAGAAAAACGAACGCUAGAGGAAUGGUAUACGCGAGCAGAUGUUUGACAAACGCAAAAAUCUGAUCGGCCUACAAACAUAUCCUAACGUUUUUUCUUUAAGGGUACAUCAGGCGCGAAGAAAUUUUCGACGAGAGUUAACCAGCUUCCCUCGAAAUCGUCUUCGUCCUAUGUUAAUCGCAUGGACAAUCCUCUCGAACGAAUGCAAUCAUCUAAACCUGUAGAUGAAAGGUUCUUCCUUCGUAAGUGGCUAAGCGCACUGUAGGCACAUUUUCUACUAGAUCUGGAACCGAUCUACUUAUUAAUCAACACCGCUGACGCGAUCCUUGGCAUUGCGAUUUCUGUCCAUGCUAUCGCUGCAGUUUCUUUAAUGCCAACUUCGUUAACGAUACUUCAACGCGAAUUCGUGUUUUCCGAUCGUCCCGCAGUGGAGUAUUUGACGUGAAUAUUUCACCAAAAUUACUUUACUGCUUCUACUUAAUUCAAAUGCAAUUGGAAACGACACGGCUAGAUCUAUACGGUACAAUGACACGCGAAAGUAUUCGUACUCAAUUAAUCGUCGACUACAAACUUGAUACAUUUCUGGAACAAUUUUUUUUCUAGGAGAAUCUAUAACGAUCAAUACAUUAUUAUUAUUAUUAUUAUCAUUAUUAUGGAUUAUUAUCACUGUUAAUUGUUUUUAAAUUGUAUGUUUGUUCGUUAUACUAUAAAUAGGAAAUUCGUUAACAUAGUCUUCGAAAAUAUCGUACAGGAACAUUUCUCGAAUUUAAAAAAUGUAUUGUCUAUUUUCAUUGUAACUUCUUCAUUCAUUUUUCUGUUUACUUAGAAAACCUUUUAGAAGGUACAAUUUUAUGUUCUUGAUAAGGUAUCGAAAAUGAUUUGAUAUUAACUAUUUGACAUUGUUCGCUAUCGACAACUUGGUAUUGCUUUUAUUAUUAGUAGAGGCUUAUUCAUAACGACUGAUCCAGUUAUUUAGGACGAUAUUUCUGAUCUUGCAAAUGAUUUUCAAGACGUUUGUCGUUAGUAAUACUAAAAGAUUGUAAAUUUCAAAGAAACGUAAUGUUCUGAGAUCAGACAGUGCAGAUUGAAAUCGGUAGUUUUUCUAGGACUUCUUGUGGAGGAUUCGAAAAAUGUUCACAAAUUUACGAAUUAAAUCUUGGCGAAAGUCUUGCCUUUUCAAGUAGUUUUAACAAACGUUAUUAUCCAAUGGUAUAACUAAAAAUUCAAUAUUUCAAACAUGAUGUAAUAGUUUUGGUAUCUGAUACAGAACACACUAAUGCUAAAUACAUAGCAGCUAUUACAAAACAUUGAAUAAAUACACUCAAUGAAAAGUCGUACUCGAAUUGAUCACUGAAGAAAAUCAUAAAUAUACAGUUACCAAAAUGGUCGACAUAAGUAAACAAUAACUUUAUGUUGUAAACAAGCUGUACUAUUCGAAAUUUUGACCACAUGUUCAUACAAAUAUUCCACUGUCCGACUCGAAUCUUGAAAUCUUAUAGGAACUAUAUUCGAUGGAUCACGUACGUUUACGAUCCAUCGCUUUUCAUUUAUCAAACGCGUCAAUUCGUUGGGAUAGCUGCGCUAUUCAUUUAAGCUUCUUACAAUGCGACGGAAAAAGCAUAACAUCUGCGAAGAGAAUACUUUCCGCUCGCAAAGCUGUUACUUCCUUUUCUAAAAAGAAAAAAAUCAAUUGAAAUCAGUUCUUCGAUGUCAAGUAUAAAUCAAGUCUGCCUAACUAUGUGACUACUGUAUCGCCUACAUAAAUACUAUACAUAUAUAUUUAUUUACAUAUACACGUAAUAUAAGUAUAUAAAUAUAAAAGAAAUCUCUCUCUAUAUAUAUAUAUAUAUAUAUAUGUAUAUAUAUAUACACAUCAUAUAUAUACAUAUAAAAUGCGUACAUAUAUAUCGUAUCGAAAUUGACAAUCGAGAUCAUUGAUCCAAUUAUGUAUGUUACAAAACUUCUAGUCGAUAUCUCAUACAGCAGAUAGUCAUAUUUUAUCGACGCACGAUCACGUGUAAAAUAAUCGUAAAGGUGUAUAGAUAUAUUGUCACUGAUGUAAUUGUAUGUAUGUACCUGUGAUGUCGUACGAAAUGCAGCAGACUGGAUAAUCGAUUGCACUUGCAUUAAAAAAUGAAACAGACUAAAGGAGGACUUGCGUCAAAUAUAAGGAAAAUAGGAAAUGUUGUUCUCGAAUCGAGAACAACAUUUUCUGAACUGUAUUCGAAUGGUCCCAGGAACGAGGUACGGUAAACAUUAGAAUCUACAUCCAAGCAACAGCAUCUUCCCGCGCAUAUCUGCGUUGCAUGUACACGUACUCGUUCUACCGUCUAAUUGUCAACGGCAAUCUCAUUUUAAUAACACCUACGCUCGCGUGGAUCGAACUUCGCAUACUUACACCCGCUGUACACAGCGUUUUAUGCGCGCAGGUUAAAAUCAAAUUCGUUCAAAGCAACCGAUUCAAAUGAUAUAUUCUUCAUUACGUCUCACAGUUGAGAAACAAUAGUUUUGUUCGAAUAUUUUUCUAAUUCUUUCGUAUAUCCAGCUAUAUCCAAAGAGACACCGAGCAUGGAGAAAAUGGCGUUUAUAUUUUUCCAAUUUGUGAUGUUCUUCUAGUCUCAGUUUUUACAUCUUAAGAAUCUAUAUCUGGGAUUAAUUAAGAAAACGUAGGUUAAUAAUUUAAAUCGUAAUCUUUUCAAUUUAAUUUAGUAGUACAUACGGAAAAAAAGAUUUCUUAUCGCGAUAAGAACUGAUGGCUAACUUUCGUUUGAUUGGUUUCAUUGGUUUUCUAUUGACUUAAAAGGUAUACACACACUACUGUUUGAAAGUAAUGGUAGUGAACGUAAAUUUUACCUAAAUUUUUCAUGGACUCGUACUUCCGACUGGUAGUGCGUGUUCCAAAUUAGAAAUAUUAAUCUUAUAACAAUUCUGUUACCAGCGAUACAUUGUUAUAUAUUCGUUUAACUUAAUUAUAACGUAAGAUCGUUAUAAGUUUAACGAUUAAGUCUACGGUUCAUGAAAGACGACUGAUGCGUAACAAACUUGCUGCUUUUCUUUUCGUGAGCACACAGUUUUAUACAAAUUGUACAGAUACUGCUCAAUUACGGCCUAAACACGAAAAUAAUGCAAACGAACGUAAAGUAAAUAUUUUUGACAAGUGCUUGAUCUGCGUAAGCAAAUAUUUAAUCGCGAUAUGCGUAAUCACGCGCAACCGCUGGCAUAAAUGCGACCGUGCACAAGUAUGGUCCUCUGGUCAGGAGUUGGCGAGGCAGCCCAAUUGGCUGUGGCGUAACGGUGAUUGAAAUUCGCAAACGAGACAUAUCGAGAUAAACUGAACGAACAAUAGUAACUAUUGACGUAGAUGCAUAUAUGUAAGAAAAAUUAAAAGAUUUCGAGACGGAUAAGAUACACUUUGUCUUUAAAAUGAGAACAUAGCAUGGACUACGAAUAUGCAGCGUGACUACUCGAAAGAAAGAGGGAAUCUCGAAGGAUAAAGUAAUACUCUUGCUUCCCUCCUCUUCAGUUCGUAGGUGCCUCGCCAACUCCCAAGCAAAAGUCUGUACAAACGACGUUAUCAUCAUUAUCCACGAAUGAUCGAUCAUUGACGGAUCACUCGUGGCUAACGAUUCGUCAAUCAGUUGUAAAGCAUGGAAUCGUAAAGCAUACGCGGCUAAUGUUUCGAGCGUCGAGUAAUUCGAAAGACGGUGUUCCAUUUAAGGUGGCAAAGUCAUUGAUGCCAAAGGAUGACAAUAAUCAUCCAGGAUCUGUAAACAUUCGUUACCAAAUUAUUGCAAGUACACCUGCGCGUUCUAAAGUAACGAACCAUUAAUUUGCCAUGAUCUCUAAUCCAAUCCUCGCACGAGUUCACAAUGCAUCGCAAUACAUAAGUAUUUUCCUCGAAGGCAUUGCGAUCUCCUAAUGCGAGGAUUAAAGUCACGCCAAAUCUCAGGCAUGCGUUCUUCCUGACACAAAUUUCGGACCUGUAGCAUAAUGUUCUUCAACGUCUCGUUUCCAUUCUCUUCCUUUCUUUCCAAAGCACUUCGGACACUUUACAAGCGACGUCGAAAGAAGGAAUUACCGAAACGCCGUCGAGAGAAUCGUGAAAACCUAUUCACCAAGGAAAAUGUCGAGCGCUUUCGACGUCGCUUAUCUUUCGCUUAUAGCGAUUACUACGAUCGCCGUCGUCUCAGACUCAUCUUUCCAUAAGACGGUUCGCGGUUAAGCGCUCCUUUUCGUAUAUUCGUGGAUUACGAAGUUUGUAGUAGACACGCUGGGUGAGGUAUCUGUAAGGUAGUCUUAAGCAAGUUUAAAUGGUGUAUCGUUAUAUACAGAAUUUCAUGUGAUUCCUUAUGUGUUAAGUGUUGAUUGUCGCACGUGUGGAUUAGAAUCACAACGUGCGGUAGACUUAACGAGUUAACCGAGUAACGAUAAUACUUAGAGAUUAAAAAAGUCGACUAUGCUCGAUUUAUUCUGUGGCGAUAGUCCGUGUGUAAGUAAGUAAAUUCGUAAUAGAGGUGAAUACGGAAGCGUCUUCAAGUCGCGCUACGGAUUUCGUUUUUUUUUUUUUUUUCGACCCGAACAUUUCCAACGAAACUGAUAUUGGUUUGUUUCUGCUGCUUUCGCUUUAAAUUGUUUACACCUGGCGCCUUGUUCUAACUGACAAACGUGCGACGACAAAAUCGAUCAUAGCUGAGCAAGAGUGGGGACAGACUCUCGUUGUCGUGUAGAUUCUAUUCGCGCUAACUCCAAGCGUAUGCUGAGACAAAGCCACUGACCCGUAAUAUUUGGUCAUUUGUUGUUAUACAAAGCCUUAAAUUGGAGUUUGAAUUCAGUAGAUUUCGAUCGAACAAGGAUAUAGGAACAAGGAUAGAAGGAGAAUAGGAGAGAAAGAAAGAAAGAAGAUGCUUUGUCCUUGAGCAACCGAUUAACACCCAAAAUAGGACAGGUUCCACGAAAAAAUCAAACUUGUUUGAACACUCAACUAGUUCUGACGACGCGUAGUGAAUGUUCCGACAUGUUUGUCUUUGCUAGUGUAAACACAUAUCAUUGUAUCAUUGAAGAACUUGUUUGGACUAAUUCGUCAGAACUCGUAUCUAUAGUAACCGUAGCCUGAAGCGUUUUGAGAAAUUCGCGCGAAUAGAAUCUACACGACAACGAGAGCCUGUUCCCAUUCUUGCCGUCGUGUCUCAACGAUGAGUUUCUUUCUUGAUCUCCAGACUGAAAGACGCUUCUUUAACGAUAGCGUUAUUGGCGGUUUUAAUCGGUCCCUCGAGCUUUAAGAAAUUAUUUAUCGAUGCAACGAGCUUCGCGCAAACUGAAUGUUUCUAUUUAUGGAACCUUUUCUAUUCUACCAACGCUUAAUCAUUACGAAUGUGUUACGAUGAUUUAUACCGCAAAGCUGCUUCGUAUUUCUUCCGGCAUGUUUCUUGAAUCGUGCUGGAAAGUUUGUCCUUCGUUGAAAUGUUUAGAUGUUGGUACGGGAGUAUAUUCCAGGGCAGUGUGUUUCAACGUUUUCAAAACAAAAAGUAGUCCGUUGCAAGCGCAUAUUUAAAUAUAUUCAAAACGUUUCGACCUCUCUUUACGGAUCCUUUUCGAUAUGGUUGUGUAGAACCUAUAAUUGAUCAACGAAAUUAAGUAGAAAUAAAUAAAUUGAGCAAGAAGAAAAGAAGAGACAAGUAAUUUUUUAGAGAAUCGAAUAAUAGAGAAAUAAAGAGUUCAAGUAAAUAAUAGAGAUUAGCUGCAUGUCAAAUUGAAAUAAAAUCUUCUUGGUACGUAUAAUUGAAUAAAAUUAAGCUGUUGGGUAAAUAAAAAUAAAACGAUCGAGCUAAACUUAAUUAGUACAUCUAAA